AUGGACGCUGCUAAAAUUAUCAAUAUCAUCCUGGCUUUAUUCCUACCUCCUGUCUCUGUCUUCUUAGUCAAAGGUUGGGGUAGAGAAUGUAUAAUCGAUAUCGUCUUAACCAUUUGUAUCUGGUUCCCAGGAAUGUUGUACGCUCUGUACAUUGUUCUGCAAGAUUAA